AAAUAUAAAUUUAUUUAAUAUUAAAAACGUGAUGGUUUUUAAGAAACAUAUUUAAAUCAUUAAAAAUGGAUAAAGUAUCAUUUAAUGUACAUUGUAUAUUAGCUUUUUUAUUUAGAGUAAUUUUAGUUUUUUAUUCAAAUUUUCAUGAUAAAACUUAUAAUGUCCCAUAUACCGAUGUGGAUUAUAAGGUAUUCACUGAUGCUGCGAGACAUAUAGUAGAAGGAUCAUCUCCAUUUGAGCGAGAUACAUAUCGCUAUACACCACUAUUAGCUUUGCUUUUAACACCGAAUAUUUUUAUAAAUGAAAAUUUCGGGAAAAUCUUAUUUUCUUUUGUCGAUAUUUUGGUAACAGUACUGAUAAAAAGGAUUUUAAUUUUGCAAGGCUGUAGCGAAAAAUUGCAACAUAUCUGUGCCUUUACAUGGCUUUACAAUCCUUUCAUACUUGUAAUUUCAACCAGAGGAAAUGCAGACACGGUGGCUGCCCUUUUUGUUAUGCUAACUUUAUAUUCGUUUCUCCAAGAUAAAUUUAUUUUAACAGGUUUACUUCAUGCUUUAUCGGUACAUUUUAGGCUAUAUCCUAUAGUGUUUAGUAUAUCCUUGUAUUUUUCCCUUCGAGAUAAAAAUACCUUUGUACCAAAUAGAAACCAGUUGAAAUUGGUACUUAGUUGCGUAUCGUUGAUAACUUUCUUAACUGUUAUUAAUUAUUAUUUAUAUGGUUAUAAAUAUCUUUACGAAAGUCUUAUUUAUCACGUUAUACGUAAGGAUACUAAACAUAAUUUUUCCGUUUAUUUUUACAUGCUAUAUUUAUCUGCUAAUCAUGCGCCUAACGUAAUUCAGAAAAUUUUCACGUUCUUUCCGCAACUUAUGUUGUUAUUAUUGCUGUCUUACAAAUAUUCGAGUAAGUCUUUAUUGCCAUUUGCAAUGUUCACACAAGCCAUGGUAAUGGUUACAUAUAAUCCAGUAUUAACGUCGCAAUACUUUUUUUGGUAUUUGUCUCUUUUGCCCUUAUGUGUUUGGCGUUUCGGAUUAAGCGUUCGCAGAUCACUAUGUUUAUGUUUUAUGUGGGUCUUCAGUCAAAGUCUCUGGUUAUUGACUGCUUACUUAUUAGAAUUUCAAGGCUCCAAUACCUUCACCUACAUUUGGAUUUCUAGUUUAGUUUUCUUCGUUGUUAAUAUUAAAAUUUUGAACGACAUUAUUGUAUAUUGUAAAUAUUAAUUAGAAAUUAAAAGAUAGCUGUUAUUAUUAUCGAA